CGACAGAGAGAAGGGCUACACCUAUAUAUAUUAAAUAAAAAGAACACAACAGAUUCAUAAUAAGUAUAUGUCAAUGUUUCUUAAUUGUCAGAGAAAAUAAGUACACUUUCAAAAAAUACAGAAAUAUGUACUGGGUUUUUCUAGUUGAGGUCUUGCUGAUUAACAACAUUGUGGCAGCACCAGGAUCUACACAAGAAGUGAAUGAAGAUAAGACUGACAUCUCGCCACAAUUAGAUUGGCCAGUUGGUGAUCCACGUAGAUGUCAGAGAUUGAAACAAGUGGACGUUGAAAGAUUUGAAGUACUGCCCGGUGUAGGCUGGGACAAUCUUCGUAAUGUAGAAGCUGGACUUGUGAUCAGGUACAAUUAUACACUAUGCAAGGUGACUGAUGAUGGAAACUUCCUGAUACCUGAUAAUAUAUUUACAAUACCGAUCAAGCACAGCAGAGUGGAACGUUUUGCCGAGUUUAUCGACAACUGGAACAGCGCUACUUCCCUUACUUCCAAAAGUGUGAACGUAGAAGGCGGGCUGUCUCUGAGUGUAUUUUCUAUCAGUGGACAGUACUCCAAUGAACACGAAGAGUUGAAGUCUAAACAAAUGGAAGACAAUGCGGCUACUUUCAGAGUUCAAUUGAGAUAUCCAAGGUAUGAAGCAAAGCUUCAACCAGACGCAGAGUUAGAUGCGCAAUUUAAGCAUCGACUACUAAGCAUAGCUAUCAGGAUAGAACUUAACCAGACACGUCAAGCUGAGUAUGAGGCACAGCUACUAGUGCGUGAUUUCGGGACCCAUGUCCUGUCCAGCGUUACUGCCGGAGCUCUAUUGGUGAAAGACGAUUACGUGAAGACGGAUAAAAUGUCUAACUUCGCAGGUUCCAAAACGGCAUACUUAGCUGCAGCCAGUGCAUCGUUCUCGACUCUAUUCAAAAUAAGUUCAUCUUAUAGCACUUCAUACACCAAUGAUCAGCUAGCUUCGUACAGCAAGGAAACAACUCACUCUGUUUUAAAAACCUUUGGUGGUCCUUUAUACGAGCCUGAAUUAAUGAAUUUGAGUGAAUGGGCUAAAGGCGUAGACAAGAAUCUAAUUCCGAUGGACAGGACUGGUGAUCCAUUAAACUACUUGGUCAAGCCGCAAUUACUUCCAGAAUUGCCUUAUUCAACAGUCGACUCACUGGAAAAAGUUAUACGUAGAUCAAUAGAAAUGUACUAUGAGAUGAAUACCUACAGAGGCUGUACAAAGAUAGAUGAUCCAAAUUUUAGUUAUGUAGCCAAUGUAGAUGAUGGAUCUUGUGGGGCUAAAGUUACAAACUUACCAUUCGGUGAUUUAGCCUGGAUUGUUAGUCAUUCGCCUAAUGUGGAUGAUGAUGGCAGAUGUACACCUUCUUUGAACUGCCCACGAACAUUCUAUCCUAGACUUAUUCUAGCUGAUGUCACUUUGUGCCUAAGUGAUGACUUUGAACAGAGCAUUCAUUUGGCGGUACCUUUUGGAGGAUUUUUUUCUUGCGUAUCAGGAAAUCCACUCGCUGUCUUUAUGCAAAACGUGACAAGAAAUGGACUCUCAGAAAGAAAUGACGGAAGCACAUCAUACCCAAUGAGAUGUCCUGAAGGAUAUAGUCAACAUCUGGCUACAGUGGAUUCAGGUUGCUCAAUCAAUUACUGUGUAAAGACUGGAUCAAUGACCAAAGCAAAUCUCACUCCUAUCAGAAGGCCUCCAUUCAUGUCAAAGCCCGAUGCUAUAUAUAACUAUGAAGAGAAAUACAUCUUUAAUCCUCAAACACUGGCAUGGAUGAAGAAUGAAAAGGCCACUCAUUAUGAAGAACUUAACAAUAUAACAGUCAAUACAAUCAAUGUCACUCAACCAGAGGCUUUGAAAGGUUGUUCAGCUGUAACAAAAAAUACAGUAAUUUUACUCUUCCCCUGCCUGCUUGUAGCUCCUACAUUACUCUAUGUGUAUGGCUAUUAAAACUGCAAUGUAGGUCUACUAGAAGAACUACAGACUGUUUCAAUAAUGUUUGUGAAAAAAACAACAACUCAUUGGUGUAGUUUACAGCGUUCGAGAAUGUCACUGAAGAUACAGUGUUGCACAUUAAAUAAGUGGAAACAUGACUUGACAUGAAUCUAACUUAAUACAAUGUAACCCUUCGUGUAAAAAUAUGUAUUGUGUAUAGGUCCUAUUAUUAUAGGUGUCUAUAUUUCAAAAUAAGUUUCACAUUUUUCUGUAUUGAUAGCAAUAUAUAUGUAAAAAAAAUAUUAUACAUAUUCUAUAUCCAGUGCACGUAUAUAUCUAUCUAUCUGUUAAUGGAGUCUUUGAUUCCAGAUAGAUUUGUGCAAUGUAUAGGUCUUUUUAACAUUUAUUAUUAGGUAUUAUUAUCUCUCUGUAUAUAUACAUGUAUAGCUCUUUCUCUCUCUCUCUCUCUAUAUAUAUAUAUAUAUCUAUCUAUUUAUCUAUUUAUCUAUUUAUGUAUCUAUCUAUCUAUCUAUCUUUUAUUCCCACCAUUCUUUCAUCUAUCUUUCUGCAUGUCUGUCACUUAUUUUUGAGUGUUUGUCUUUCUUUUUGUUUGCCUGGGUGUCUGCUGUCAAUAAAUUUCUGUACCUACUAGGGAUGCACGGAUAGCACUUUUUCUUUAAUUGGCCGGAGCCGGAUAUGACCUGAUAAUAAAAUAUCAUAUUCUGCCGGAGCCGGAGCAGGAUACCUACAUGUCUACAUACCUAGCUUGUGUUGCUGGACAUUUUGCAAAACUGUUAAAUAAUAUACACGUGUUCCUUUUUUUUCCCUUUUGUUUAUCUUAUUGUUUUAACUCUGUAACUGAUUUAUGAAUUAAAGUUGAACAGCAUUUAUAAA